UAAACGCGCCCUCGUCUGUUCGUAUGGUGACGUGUCUCUCCGCUAUCUCCUCCUCUUUUCCCCGGCGUCUCUCCCACUAAAAGCCUGAAUACUCUCCAGCGGUGCCCUAUUCAGCGAUCGGAGGGACAUAGGAGGACCAUAGGACAUCAUGGGUAUAAAGUUCUUAGAGGUGAUAAAGCCGUUCUGUGCAGUAUUGCCGGAAAUCCAGAAACCAGAACGAAAGAUCCAAUUUAGAGAAAAGGUAUUAUGGACUGCUAUCACGCUAUUCAUUUUCCUGGUCUGUUGCCAGAUUCCUCUUUUUGGAAUUAUGUCAUCAGACUCUGCAGAUCCCUUCUACUGGAUGAGAGUAAUUCUGGCUUCAAACAGAGGUACUCUUAUGGAGCUGGGUAUCUCUCCUAUUGUCACCUCUGGUCUUAUCAUGCAGUUACUCGCUGGAGCUAAAAUCAUUGAAGUUGGAGACACACCAAAAGACAGGGCACUUUUCAAUGGCGCACAGAAAUUGUUUGGGAUGAUCAUCACCAUCGGUCAGGCCAUCGUGUAUGUGAUGACUGGGAUGUACGGAGACCCCUCUGAGAUGGGGGCUGGGGUCUGUCUGCUCAUCAUCAUCCAGCUGUUCGUAGCCGGUCUUAUCGUUUUGCUGUUGGACGAGCUGCUGCAGAAAGGAUACGGACUGGGUUCAGGAAUCUCUCUCUUCAUUGCCACAAACAUCUGUGAAACUAUUGUGUGGAAGGCCUUCAGCCCCACCACCGUCAACACCGGCCGAGGCACUGAGUUUGAGGGAGCCAUCAUCGCACUGUUCCACCUGCUGGCCACUCGCACAGACAAAGUGCGUGCUCUGAGAGAAGCCUUCUACAGACAAAACCUACCCAACCUCAUGAACCUCAUCGCUACCAUCUUUGUGUUCGCCGUCGUCAUAUACUUCCAGGGCUUCAGAGUGGACCUGCCCAUUAAGUCUGCGCGUUACAGAGGACAGUACAACACUUAUCCCAUCAAACUCUUCUACACCUCCAACAUCCCCAUCAUCCUGCAGUCCGCCCUCGUCUCCAACCUCUACGUCAUCUCCCAAAUGCUCUCCACAAGGUUCAGCGGGAACUUCUUGGUCAACCUGCUCGGCACCUGGUCUGAUGCUACCUCUGGAGGUCCAGCCCGGGCCUAUCCUGUGGGAGGUCUCUGUUACUACCUCUCUCCUCCUGAGUCCUUUGGGUCAGUUUUGGAGGAUCCGGUCCACGCUGUGAUCUACAUCGUCUUCAUGCUUGGCUCCUGUGCCUUCUUCUCCAAAACAUGGAUCGAAGUCUCUGGUUCCUCCGCCAAAGAUGUGGCCAAGCAGCUGAAGGAGCAGCAGAUGGUGAUGAGAGGCCACAGAGAAACCUCCAUGGUCCAUGAGCUCAACAGGUACAUCCCCACUGCUGCUGCGUUUGGAGGCCUGUGUAUUGGAGGUCUUUCUGUCAUGGCUGACUUCCUGGGUGCUAUCGGAUCAGGGACUGGUAUCCUCCUGGCUGUAACCAUCAUUUACCAGUACUUUGAGAUCUUUGUCAAAGAGCAGAGCGAAAUGGGAACCAUGUCGGCGCUGUUUUUCUAAUUCACAACUUCUACCACAACCCACGUCCUAUAGGAUUAUUUUUCCACUUUUGUCAACACCUGGACUGGAAUUUGCUCAAAGUAAAUAUUUUCAGGUUGUGGGAAUUAUACGUGGACUUUUGUGGACCUUUUGGGGUUGCACAAAAACUUUCAAAAAUAUUUCAGUUUUCUUUUUUGGAAAAUUGUUUAAAAAUAUGUUUCUGUAUUAAAAGUUGUUUUGAGACUUGA